AUGCCAGAAGGUGAUGAAGACUGUUUGUUUUUGAAUGUGUACGCACCGCCCAGUGCGAACUCAAAGAAGCUCCCGGUAAUGAUGUGGAUCCACGGAGGAGGCUACGGAUGGGGCGAUGGGAAGAUGUUUGACAUGACUUCCAUGAUCAAUGACAACGACAAGACCUUCAUAAUUGUCUCCAUCCAAUACAGACUGGGUCCGUUCGGCUUUCUCUCCUCCAGCGAAGUCAAAGCGAAAGGCGUACCAAACGCCGGCCUUCUCGACAUUGCCUUUGCGCUCGAAUGGAUUGAGAAGCACAUCCACAAGUUUGGAGGCGACAAGAACCGCAUCACGGUAUCCGGAGAAUCAGCUGGAGCAGGCGCCUUGCUGCACCUUAGUCUUGCGCCGAACGUGAAAACGAAGUUCCAAGGCAUAGCAGCUUCACCGUACCUACCCGGCCAACACAAUUACGAUGGCGAAGUUCCUACAAAGAAGUACUACGCCUUUGCUGCUCAAGCUGGCUGUGGAUCUUCAGGAGAAGUGCUGGAUUGCCUCCGCAGCAAAGACUCGAUUACAUUGCAAAACGCGAAUGGCAAUGUCACUGUCAACGGUCCGGUGUAUCGCACCUGGGCAUUCGACCCUGUGACCGAUGGAACCUUUAUCACUGAUAGACCUAGCCAAACGCUUUCCCGGGGAAAGGUGAAUGGUAGAGCUAUCUUAGUUGGUUCGAACGCCAACGAAGGAGCACUCUUUGUUCCGCAAGACAAGAUCAGCAAUCUGGAUGAACUCAAGGAAUGGCUGCACUUGAAGUACCCCCUGUUUAGCAAUGAAGACAUUGACAAGAUACUUACCAUGUAUCCCAACUCGGACGAACCAGACGAUCCGAACGCGCUCAAGUUUGCAACGAAUGGUAUUAGCGGUGCGACAAACAUCAACAUGAGCCAGGUCGCAACCGGCCACCUUCAACGCGCCAACGCCAUCGUAGCAGAAGCAACCUUCAUCUGCCCCUCCUACUGGCUUAGCACCGCCUACCUCCUUGCUUCCAAACCCUCCUACCACUACCAAUACUCCGUCCCCUUCGCCGCCCACCUCGAAGACGUAUACGCGUACUUAGGUCCCAACCAAGCUCAACAGUCCCCCUCUUUCUCCCGCGCGUUCCGCCAGAUCUGGGGAAAUUUCAUCACGAGUGGCAACCCUGCUGUGUCAUCGCAAGCUGGAUUGGAGCACUGGCCAAAGUGGACGGAUGGGAAAAGCGCGCGGAUGAUGAAUUUGAAUACGACGGGUGGGACGGCGUAUACAGCUACUACGCAGUUUGGGGUUGAGGUGACGCAGUUCCGGGAGCCGGGCGAAAUUCGCGACGACUCCAACACGCCCGAACUGCGCAGCCCCACCACAAUAAUUCCCCCCUUCUUGACGACCAAAAACAUGGCCGACGCUCUGAAGGACUCGCCUAUCAAGGCGGUACAGGUUGAAGCCCUGGUUGUGAUGAAGCUCAUCAACCAUGCCGCCAAAACCUUCCCCACCGUCGGAACCGGAUGCCUCGUUGGUAUGGAGUCUUCCAACCAGCCCGGCCUCCUUGAGGUCACCUCCUGCUUCCCUUAUCCCAGCAUCGAUGCCCCCGCUACGGACGAUCACCGCGACGACCACCGCAACAACAACAACGCCGCGAACCUUGCCGCGUCAGCGCCCCGCGCGAAGGCCAACCUCGCCUACCAGAACGAGAUGAUCAAGUUUCUGCGGGAAGUCAACGUCGACGCGAACAACGUCGGCUGGUACACGAGCACAAGCAUGGGCAACUUUGUCAACUUGAACACCAUCGAGAACCAGUUCUUCUACCAGAAAGACCCGAAUGAGCGGGCAAUCGCCUUAAUACACGAUGUUAGCAGAAGUUCGCAGGGCAGCUUGAGCUUGCGCGCAUACAGACUCGCCCCUGCCUUCGUUGCAGCAUACAAGGAGGGCAAAUUCACGACCGACAACCUUCAAAAGAGCGGCCUCCGGUACCACGAUAUUCUCGUCGAACUCCCCGUCACCGUUCACAACUCCCACCUCCUCACCUCCCUCCUCCACCAGCUGCCCUCCGACGCCCCCAAAGAGGAGCUCUCCUUCCCGACCAACCUAGCUGCCCUCCAGCAAGACCCCAACACCCCCGAACCACCCUUCUUCCCCAACUACGACUCCCUCGACCUCUCAAUCGACCCCUACCUCGAGAAGACAUGCGAUCUCCUUCUUGAGAGCAUCGAGAACCACCACACGGAGCUCAACAACCACCAGUACUACCAGCGCUCGCUUGCCCGCGAGCAAGCAAAGAUCACAGCCUGGCAGCAGAAGCGCAAAGCCGAGAACGCGGCAAGGACGGCGUCGAAGCAGCCGCUACUUCCCGAGGACGAGUGGCAGAGGCUGUUCAAGCUGCCGCAGGAGCCGAGCAGGUUGGAGACGCUGCUUAACUCGCGGCAGGUGGAGCAGUAUGCUAGACAGGUUGACGGCUUCACGGCGGGCGUCAGCACGAAGAUGUUUGCGGUCAAGAACAAUCUGUUGCCUGGGGAGUCAUAG